AUGGAUAAACCAGUAGUUUUGGCUCGUGUUAUAAAAGUCCUAGGUAGGACUGGUUCGCAAGGACAAUGUACACAAGUAAAAGUCGAAUUUCUGGGCGAACAAAAUCGACAAAUUAUCAGGAAUGUAAAAGGCCCAGUACGAGAAGGUGAUCUCUUAACCUUAUUGGAAUCUGAACGUGAAGCAAGAAGACUUCGAUAA